AUGACAGCCCCUCUCUCGCAACAAACGGUGUCAGUCAAAGACGCAGCCGCCGUCCGCAAGCGCAGAAGACGUGCUCCUGCUGGGGGUGCCGCAGAUGACUGCUUCACUUGCUCAAAAAGAAACGUCAAGUGUGACCGCCGGCGGCCGUACUGCUCUCAGUGCCUGGAAAUUGGAAACGAAUGCUCAGGAUACAAGACGCAGCUCACCUGGGGAGUUGGCGUUGCCAGCCGCGGCAAGCUUCGUGGGCUCUCUCUUCCCAUUGCCAAGGCUCCUCCUGUGUCCAGGGAACCGAAGAAGUCGCCUGUUGCCCGUGGACGUGCCAACUCGACUGCCGCUGUCAUGGCCGCACACUGGGUAGAGCAGGAGGAGGCCCGGAGACAACAUCGCGGCCCAAUCGAUAUACCCUCAGUGGCCCAUCACUCCGCCUCGACUCCGGCAAACUCAUACCCAGGACCCGGUUACGACUAUCUCUCCAUGUCACACCCUGAAGGAAGCGGCGCAGCAAGUCUUCCUCACCAUGGCUGGGGUGGUCUUCACUAUCCUCCCAGCGGCCUUGUGCACUCGCCAGAUGCCACACCGAAGUACUCCAAGUUUCCUCUUCCUCUCAUCACCGACGGCCUCUCUUCGUCCGUCGACUCUGUCAGCGACGUCGACUAUCUCUCACCCCUCAGCCAGACGUACUCGCGCGAUGAGAUGCCCUUUGGCAGUGGGUCGUCCGUCAUGUACGAUGGAUACGCUGGCAACCAGCAUUCUCCCGUGUCCCAAAGUCCUCCCUCGGGACUCGUCCUAGAACACCACGCUCGUGUGCCAACGUCGUGUCCCGGCUUGGUGUACGCCGCAUCAGAACACGGCUCGAGUCUCAACUCGCACUUGGACCCCUUCGAUGCGCACCUGAGCCACAAGCUGAUGCGGGAGUGUGACAGCCUCAGUGUUCCGCGAGUCGACGUAUACCAUUCAAGUUGCAGCUCUGCCGGCGGCAGCUGGACAUCACCAUCACAGCAUCCUCGUGAAGACGAACUGCAGUCGCCGCAAUCCGAGCAUGCAUCGCACAGGUGGCCAACGACACUCCGAGAACCAGAACCAAUCCGCGUCAGCCCAGACCUCGUCGCCAGGAUGCCAUUCUUUAUGGACUACUACAAAAACACAAUUGCUCCUUCCAUGGUGUAUAUUGAUGGCCCGCAGAACCCCUUUCGCGACCACAUCCUUCAGCUCGCUGGCCACAGCCAGAGCCUCCAACACGCCAUUUGUGCCCUGUCUGCCUGCAACUUGCGGAUGAAGAGAAAGCUGAGCCUCGGACAAGACACGCGGGAGCUGUUUGAGAAGCUCACUUUGGAGAAGAGCGCCCUCGAAAGCUUGGGCGACAGCCAGCCAGAAGAUCCGGCCCUGGCUGAAGAGUUUCAACACAGGAACUUGGCAGUCAGCCUCCUCAAUGAACAGCUCAACGACCCUGUCAAGUCCACGUACGACUCUGUGCUCGCCACCAUCCUGCUGCUCUGCCACUAUCGCAUGGUGGAAUCUGGUGUGGCCAAGUUUCACACCCAGUUUGCCGGCGUAAAGAAGAUUUUGUCCAUGCGGACAGAACAGUACGGCCCAUCGAGGGGCUCGGCGUGGAUCGAAGCACUCUUUACCUAUUUUGACGCCAUUUCAGCCAGCAUCAAUGACCGCGAGGCACAGCUUGCUUCUGCCGUGGAUGACGCAUCACCACUCUUGCCUCUUGGGGCGGAGAACCUCGUGGGAUGUGACAGGGAACUGUUCAAGACGAUCAGUAAGCUCGGCAGGCUGAACCUGCUCUCGCAGCAUCGCCCGGUUCAAAACAUGGCCUCCUCGCCUCGUCAGAGCGCGGAUACCCCGCCACCUCAUCAGAUGGUCGGAUCACCGAUUGGGCACUCGUACGGUGCUAGCGUUGGCAGCGUUCACAUGCAGCAUGGCCAACAGCAGCAGCAGCAACAGCAGCAACAACAGUCUCAACAGCAGCUUGGUGAUUUGUACGCCAUGCCCGGACACCGCUUUGACGGCAACGGGUUUGGCACCACACUGGAUGACGAUGAGAUACUCGCCUCAGCCAUGUGCACGUCUGCCGCAUUUGACGACAGGCGAUCACUCUUCUGGCGCGAGUGGAAGGACGCACGGUUGGCACUGCAGAACUGGCAGUUUGACGCCUCCAUGGUCGCGGCGUCACUGCCGGGAUCUCCAAGCCCUUCGCAGAUUCGAGAUCUUGGAUCCCUGUCGGAGGCUUUUCGAUAUGCUGCUCUCCUCUACACCGAGCGCCUGGCGGGUCCGAGCACGCCAUCCAGCCACACCAACUUCCAGAACCUAGUCAGUCAAGUGGUCUACUACGCCACUAGCCUUGACGCAGGCAGCACGGCCGAGAAGUUUCUCCUCUGGCCGCUGUUUGUCGCCGGCUCCGAGUGCGUCAAUGAAUUACAACAAAACAUUGUGCGGACCAAGUGCCGCGACAUUAUGAGCAGGUCUGGUUACAUGAACAACCUCUCUGCUCUCGACAUUCUAGAGAAGCUCUGGGCCGGUGACUUCAACUCCACCGCCGACUUGCGCGGCCACAGAUCAGGCGCUGUCAAGAUGGCUGGCUGCCGUGGUCCCUUCAACUGGGCCAAGUGCUUUGGCGGACCUGGCGCCGAGGCCGAAUGGAUCAUGUUUUGA